CUUCCCUCCGCCCCACCUCGCAGGGCCCAGUCUGGGCGGAGGUGUUCGCACGAGGAAAACGGUCUCCACGCGCUUGACAUGGCGGCAGGCGCGGCGACUGCAGCGACGAAGGGGAAUGGGGGCGGCGGGGGCCGGGCCGGGGCCGGCGAAGCCAGCGGCUCGCGGAAGAAAAAGGGCCCGGGGCCUCUGGCCACGGCGUACCUGGUCAUCUACAAUGUGGUGAUGACCGCGGGGUGGCUUGUUAUAGCAGUUGGUCUGGUCAGAGCAUACCUGGCUAAGGGUAGCUAUCAUAGCCUUUAUUAUUCCAUUGAAAAGCCUUUGAAAUUCUUCCAAACUGGAGCCUUAUUGGAGAUUUUACACUGUGCAGUAGGAAUUGUUCCAUCUUCUGUUGUCCUGACUUCUUUCCAGGUGAUGUCAAGAGUUUUUCUAAUAUGGGCAGUAACGCAUAGCGUCAAAGAGGUACAGAGUGAAGACAGCGUCCUUCUGUUUGUUAUUGCCUGGACAAUCACAGAAAUUAUCCGUUACUCCUUUUAUACAUUCAGUCUCUUAAACCACCUGCCUUACCUCAUCAAAUGGGCCAGGUACACACUUUUCAUUGUGCUGUACCCAAUGGGAGUGUCGGGAGAAUUGCUCACAAUAUAUGCUGCUUUGCCCUUUGUCAGGCAGGCUGGCCUGUACUCCAUCAGUUUACCUAACAAAUACAAUUUCUCCUUUGACUAUUAUGCAUUCCUAAUUCUGAUAAUGAUCUCCUACAUUCCAAGGCACAGUCAAAGGCAUCAUCUGCCCGGCCCGCCACCAGAUUGGGUGUUUCAGAUCCCCUGUUUAGGGACCACCUCCUGGCAGAAAAGUCUUUGAGGUACGCAGUAGUGCUUUGCAGACAUCAGCUGCUAACCCUCAUCUUGCUGUGUUCUGUUUGCUAAGGUUGGGGUCAUUCAUUUAACACAUACUGACUGUUACCAAGGCGCCGUGGAGAGCUGGUCAUGGGAUAAAGCACAGCCUCCCUGAUGAAAACCUUCCUCUGGAGCAGACUUCCAAAAGGAAGGAUUUCGAAGAUGUAGCUUUAAGGCACGUGGAGAGACUGUGCCCUCACUUCCACUCAUGUUUUUGGUUAUUCACUUAUAAUAAAAGGUUGGCAUUGAUGUGAUAUAAUCUGCAAAUUAUUUUCAAUUCUGUUUCAGAUAAAACAUUAUAAGACAAAAUCGGUACCUACUGCUCCUUUGAAAUUCGGGUAAAAACUUAUACAACCAUAUAUUAUAGUCAUUUUUAUAUUUUUUCUAUGUUGUGAAAACCAAAACUGUAAUUUUAUAAGUCUUUGAUUCACUAAAAUUAUAUAAUUUAAAUGUAUUUUUUGUAUAUUUAGAAAUAAGGAGUUCAAAGACUAUGCUUAACUUUCUAUGCAUGCAUUUGGAAGCUGUUUUUACCUGAUAAUAUUAAUGUAGUAAUAAGUUGUAUUCAUAAAAUACUGAUCUGUGUUGCAUUUCAAAAUAAACUGGUGUGUGCGCUGCCUGGAUUUGAA